UCCAGAUUUGCGCAUUCCUCCCUACACCAGCGCGACCCGCGCAGCGACCUCUUCAAGGGCUAUUCCGGCUCCAGCGCCGCCGAGCGCCGCUCAGCCAACGCCAGCCCAGCCCGCUAUGGCGGCGGCGGCGGAUAUGGGUACGGGGGUGGUGUCGGCGGCGGCGGCGGGAGUGGGAGUUAUAACGGUAGUUCGUCGACGCUGGGGGUGGAGAGGGGAGGGUUUAGGCCUGCGACGCCGAAUUCGAGGGGCCAGUACAGCGACGCAGUCCUCAACGAGCUUGAGAGCCAGAACGAUGAGCAGGUGGAGGGGAUAAUGGGUAAAGUCAAGAUUCUGAAGGAUAUGACAAUAGCAAUCGGCGACGAAAUCCGAGACUCCUCCGCCCUCGCCGAAAAAAUGAACGAAUCCUUCGACCAGACCCGCCUCCGACUCCGCGGCACCAUGAACCGGAUGCUCAUCAUGGCGCAAAAGACCAACGUCGGGUGGAGGGUAUGGCUUGCCUUCUUCGCCGCCGUGGUGUUCCUCUUUUUCUACGUGAGGUAUCUCUAG